AUGGCGAUCCACCGACGGCUCUGCGGUAUGCCGACCUCGGAAGUGCCACCACCAGCAACAUCAGCGGAACGCGUUGAAGCAUGGACAGUCUCUCAGGCAGCCGAAGUCUUGAGCGCAACAUUGCUCUCAGAUCCUUCUCCGCGUUCUGCGCGCGGAACUACGGUGACAAUCGAUAUCCCCCUCGACGACGCGAACGACGAGCCUCCUCCCAAACCCCGACCGGAAGCAGUUCAUACCGUGUACAAGCGACGAGAACCGAUCCGAAGGGAUAGCUUGAAGCGAAGGGAAGCCUUGCUCAAAGGCAAGGAAGGGAGCAGACAGCGACGAAGGUGGGAGAACGACCGUCUUCUGAACAACCCUUACGCCGAACCUCCCCUCCCGAGCGACUGGCAAGUCGGGCCCACGUAUCCUGUCCAUCGCGUGCCCUACAUGGUCCUACCCCUCUGGGAUGCCGAAUACGCCCGAUCGCAAAAGGAACGCCAAAAACGCGCCGAAGCCGCACGAGUGCCUGCUUCCAAGGAAGAGGCGGAAGCCGCCAAGGUGAAGCAGGAAUUGAAGACCAAGUUGAAACGCUCGAAAGGCGCCAAGGGACUGCUUCAAGAUCUGGAAGAAGAGGUGCGCGGCUUCGUGCGAGAAUGGGAAGUGAAAGAGCAGGAAAUGCAGCGCGAAGGCCUCAUAGAAGCGGACAGCGAGGACGAGGAAAUCGUCUUCGUGGGCAGGAACGGCGCCAUGAGCGACGAGCGAAGACGGGAGAAGGAAGAUAAGACUCUGGAAAAGGACAGGCUGGUGUACCAGAGCUUGCUCGACGAUCAUGGUGCCGGCUUUUCUCGAUACCUCGUUCAUUGCAUCGCGCAAUAUGUAAGUGGUUUCUCUUUUGCCGUUUUUGCGCGUGAAAUUGCAUCACCCUGACAGACCUAUCAGUACGGUUUGCAGACUUGGUCCGUCACGACGGGCAAUCCCGCUACGCGAUGCGCAUACGUGGGCCUCAAGAUCGAUCCGAAGACGCGGCGUCCCAGCUUGACGCGGAGCGAGAUGCCUCAGCCUCUGUAUGCGAUUGUAUGA